AUGUUUAAAUUGAUCUCAGUAUGCACUUCUGCAAAGGAUGCUUGGGAAGUUCUUCAGCUACAUUGUAGUCCCUUGAGCAACGAGACACUGGUGAAUAAGGUAUUGAGAACUCUUCCAGAAAGGUUCAGCAUGACGGUUACUGCUAUUGAGGAGGCUAAAGAUACAUCAUCUCUACGGCUGGACGAAUUAAUUGGAAGUCUAAAAUAUCUCACUGGAAAGGCCUCUGAAACAGAAUCACAAGGAGUUUUUCUGGAUGCUGCAACGAUUUCUGAAACACUUUCAGUAACUGAAAUUUCUGAGUUAAAUACUGAUCAUUAUACAUGUUUAAACUCUAUUUCUUUGAAUGCAGCAGAAUCCAGUAAUGAAGCAGUUAGUGAUGAGGAAGAAAUGUGUAAGAAGCUGAUCAGCAACUUGGAGAAGAAGACUCAAGCUCUAGAUGCAGCCAACAAGGAAAAUUCUUCCCUUAAAGAAACAAUCACACAUUUAGAGGUUGGUAUCACCAAGAAGGAUCUUGAACUGGCAAAGGUUAAAGAUGAACUCAAGGAAGCAACUCUAGCAAUUAAGAGGAUGAAUACCGGCACAACUAAACUCGAAGAGAUUGUGUCACUGGAAAAGUACAACAAAAAGGAAGGUCUAGGGUUCAAGAAACAAGUGAAGAAACAAAAGCCAGUAAAGAAGAAAGAAAUUGUCUUUGUCAAAGAGAAGGGUUCAAAUGGCAAGGAAUCCAGGAAUUUCACAGUCACCACUUCAGAGUCCAGAAUACGGGGAUACAUUUGUCAUUACUGUUUCUCACCAGGACAUAUUCGUCCAUUUUGUGAAAAACUCAGUAGUGACAAAAUGUUGUACAAAAUGAGCCACAUCACUCCAGGGAACACCUCAAAGAAAAAUGUAGAAUUUACCAAAAAGGAGUGUAAAAUAUGGACUCCCAAAGGUAAACUUUUGUGCAAGGCAGUAUACACCUCUUUAAAUGCUAACAUUUCAGCUGAAGAUGAAGUUGAUGACUUAAUUGCUGAAGGAGAAACAACCGAAGAAGACACUGCUACCACAGAUGAUCCAGAUACAAACAGUCAUGUUUCAAGAGAAUAA